GGAGGCAAGCGCUGGGGAGAGAAGCUGCCCGCGCCGCCGUCAGGGCGUCGGGAUGGCCGUGGGCUCGGUCAAGAUGCAGCCGCCGUGCGAGAGCCCGGCCCUGCGCCGCAGCCCAAGCGCCCGCGAGCGCGAGCAGCCGCCAGCGUCCCUGCGGCCGAGGCUGAAGGACCUGCCGGCGCUGCUGCGGAGCGGGCUCACGCUGCGGAGGAAGCGGAGCGUCGCCGGGGGCCGGACUCUUUCAAGAAGAAUUUCAAACCCAUACCUUGAACAUACGUCUUCCCAGAUUUAUGGGGAGAAUUCUUCAUGUGCAGGAAGAGCGCUGAGGAAUAUUAUUAUCGUUCAGGCAGCUGACCUGAUAAAGGACAGAGUGAACCUCAAGGGAUUUUACAGGAGAAGCUGCGUUGGGUCGGAACUGGUGGACUGGCUCCUGGAACACUGCCCUUUCGUCCAGUGCAGGUCCAUGGCCGUGGGGGUCUGGCAGCUCCUGCUGGACAUGGGGAUCAUGUCGUCAGUGGACCAGCAUGUGUACUUUCAAGAUACCUAUGUGUUCUAUCAGUUUUCGUCCGACGAGUGCAGCUACUUGUACUGCGAAUUUGAAAGAGAAGACGAAUGGCAGAACGGAGUCAGGCUGUUGCUGCAGCUGGUGCCUCUGCUUCCCUCCAGAGCUGGCCUCUGUGAGCUGUCUCCCCAGAAAAUCGAAGACUCGGAAGAAAGCAGCGAUGAAAUUCUCGCUCGUCUGACGUCCGCGGUGCAGAGAGAACUAGCAGCUGUUAUCGCUUUGAGAGCGAAGAAGUCUGCAAUUGAACAAGAUGAAGAAAACAGUGACAAGCACAUGACGGUGACAGAAGUGGACGGUGUCCCGGAUUCUCAGGCAGGGGUGAUGUGCAAGCUUCAGGAGAGAGAUGACAUGGGGCGAAUUGAGCUGGUCCAGAAGCUGGCGAGAGAAAACUGUCAGUUUUUGCAGACGGACAAAAAAGACCAGGAGAAAUCUGAACACGACGAAGAAGUGAUGACUGUUAGAGAGCAGGAGCAGAAUGUCCUGGUGCUGAAGAAGGUGCAGCGCUGUGGCCCGGCCCCCCCAGGCGGGAGCGCCGACAGUGAUUGGAGAUACGUGGUGGUGUCUGGGACCCCGGAGAAGAUCUUGGAGCACCUUUUGAAUGACUUGCACCUGGAAGAAGUCCAGGACAAAGAAACAGAGACCCUCCUCGAUGACUUCCUCCUCACGUACACCGUCUUCAUGACAACUGACGACCUGUGCCAGGCGCUGCUGCGGCACUAUUCUGCUAAGAAGUAUCAAGGCAAAGAAGAAAACUCAGAUGUCCCUUGCCGGAAACGGAAGGUGUUACAUCUCGUUUCCCAGUGGAUUUCUCUGUACAAAGACUGGCUGCAUGAAGAUGAACACUCGAAAAUGUUUUUAAAGACCAUAUACAGAAACGUACUGGAUGAUGUAUAUGAAUACCCAAUACUCGAAAAAGAAUUGAAAGAAUUUCAAAAGAUACUUGGAAUGCACCGUCGUCACACUGUAGAUGAGUAUUCGCCGCAGAGGAAGAGUAAAGCCCUUUUCCACCAGUUCAGUCUGAAGGAGAACUGGCUGCAGCAUAGAGGGGCCAUGUCGGAAACAGAGGAAAUUUUCUGCCAUGUGUACGUGACAGAGCACUCUUAUGUCAGUGUGAAGGCCAAAGUUUCCAGUACCGCCCAAGAGAUCCUGAAAGUGGUGGCCGAAAAGAUCCAGCAUGCGGAAGAGGACCUGGCUCUGGUGGCCGUCACGUUCUCUGGGGAAAAGCAUGAACUUCAGCCAGAUGACUUGGCGAUCUCCAAAUCCCUGGAAGCAUCUGGUCGGAUAUAUGUCUACCGGAAAGACCUGGCUGACACUUUGAACCCAUUGGCAGAAAACGAGGAGUCGCAGCAAAGGCCGAUAAGGAUUUUGGGAAUGAAUACUUGGGAUCUUGCUCUGGAAUUAAUGAAUUUUGAUUGGAGUCUCUUCAAUUCAAUUCAUGAGCAAGAGCUGAUCUACUUCACGUUCAGCAGACAAGGAAGCGGGGAGCACACGGUGAACCUCAGCCUCCUGCUGCAGCGCUGCAACGAGGUCCAGCUCUGGGUGGCCACGGAGAUCCUGCUCUGCAGCCAGCUGGGCAAGCGAGUGCAGCUGGUGAAAAAAUUCAUCAAAAUCGCUGCUCACUGCAAAGCCCAGAGAAACCUGAAUUCUUUCUUUGCCAUUGUGAUGGGUCUCAACACCGCUUCCGUCAGCCGGCUGUCCCAGACCUGGGAGAAAAUCCCUGGGAAGUUUAAGAAACUUUUCUCUGAACUUGAAAGCUUGACCGAUCCUUCCCUGAAUCACAAAGCCUACAGAGAUGCAUUCAAAAAGAUGAAGCCGCCCAAAAUCCCUUUCAUGCCCUUAUUGCUUAAAGAUGUAACAUUCAUUCACGAGGGAAAUAAGACCUUUUUGGAUAAUCUUGUCAAUUUCGAAAAGCUGCACAUGAUUGCCGACACCGUGCGGACCCUGAGACACUGCAGGACCAGCCAGUUUGGAGGUGACAUGUCUCCAAAAGAGCACCAAGAGUUAAAAUCCUACGUGAACCACCUGUACGUCAUUGACAGCCAGCAGGCCCUGUUCGAGCUCUCACACCGGAUGGAGCCUCGGGUGUGAGCCCUCACGCCCGUCCCCGCCCCACCUGCCCGCCCCCCUCUCCGAGCGGCUGCAGCACUUUGAGCCUCGGGAAUGUCCAUGCCGAGCACGCCCCUUCCUGCAGGAAGCGAAGUUGCUGAGUUUUAUCGGUCAGUCACAAGACGAACACAGGAAAGCCAACCAAAGUGUGCUUAGGAAGUGACAUCGGCUGCCAGAGGUGGGGAGAGGCCUCUCCCCACUGCUCUCAGAGCAAGAAGACAGGAGAGCCAGAGCGUCCUCGAAAUGGAGAAGUCUGGUUUCUUAUGCUGACAUGGUCGAUGCUAUCUAAAUUUCAGUUUGAGAUGUGCCGCCACCAAGACAAGAGAGCACACCUUGGUGUGAAGUGACCAAACAUUUCAGUGGGAGUGUGUGUGCAACAGGAAGCGUCCGGACUUUGCCUGGUCGCAGACCAUUUUUCUCGGUUGUCAAAGAAGUAGCUCGUCUGAAGCAAUGGCAUCGCCAGAUUUCCAGGGAAAAGGCGUGGUCUCUAUUAAUACAAACUGUGACAUCACCAAGGGCCACUCGUGUCCAGGGAGUUAGUGAGGACCAGCGGCUGGCACCCAUGCUCUGACUUCCAGAAGGGCAACGCCAGGGCACAAGCUUCUUCACCCCCCCAGUCACUUACAGAUGCCGGCUCCCCGGUGAAAUUCCUUUCUGCACCACUCACCUGCAGCCACAGGCACGUCAGGCUAAGUCUCUUUGCCAGUAAGGAAACAAUAGGAAUCUCUAGGGAAACUGACUCAUUAUUUAAUUCCUGGGGAUUUUCUUUACAUGUGCGAGAAGGCUCUCAUCUCCUGUUGGGAACAAUGUGAUUUUUGGAAGAGCUCAGUGCCUGACACAUUGUGGGCGCUCCGUAACUGUUGGUCGAGGUGACAGUCACAAAGGUCUGCGCACCGUGUGCAGUGACCACAGCCCGUCCUGGGAGGGUGAGCGGGGGUGGGGGGCCGCGUGCAGAGCACCCAGCAGCCCCUGGAGAGGAGCUGGGGGAAGAGAUGGCGCUCGCCUGUCCUACGGCAGAUGGAAGGAGCCCAAGAUCCCCAGAUGCCCGUUGUGUGGUGCACUCUCACUAGUCCCAUUGUCCACCUUCCAGCCAAGAAAGCAGAUUUCCUGUCAUUUUUCCUUUUUAUUUCAGUCUUUUAAGUCUUUUUUUAUGCCCAUUUUUAUAGAGUAGGGCUCCUCUGGUAAAUGAGACGCCUGAUAUUCUCAAGACUGGUUGCAGCUCCCUCGACUUCCACAUGAACAAAAUAGCCUGUGGGAUGUGGUAAUGAAGUCCACCCUCAAGGCGAAGUGCUUGUCACGGCACUAAAGCACACGCGCGAACCCUGGAGCGUGCUUCUCACCGCUCCCGCCUGUUCUCCUCUCAGGAGCCUGCGCAGAACUGCUUCCUUCUGUCUCAUUGGCACCUCAUUCCUGCGCUGUGCCUGAUGCUUUCUGACACCUUGAUGGCAGUGCGUUGCCCAGGCUCAGGAACCUCACUGCUCUUGGCAGAUUGAUGGAAGUAGCCCCAGGGAGAAGAUUUAUUUUGGUAGGACUUUCAAACAGAUUCAGUCCCUCCCAGCAUAUAAAACUCCAGUCCUGAAAAGUUAACAGCAUUCUGUGGAAAGGCACCGUCCAGGGCUGGCCCACUGAGAUGCUCCAGGCUGCGGGGAAUGGAAUGAGACCCAGUGGAGGAGACCAGAGCUUUGGAACCAGGGACAUGGACUUCUCUCCUCGCUGAUCAGACGCUGGAGAAGCUCUGGCAGUGUCUGAGGAUAGUGCACACUUACCGCCCACACGGGGGAUCUGGUCUGUUCUCUACGCCGGGGCGUAGCAUUGGCCCUGUCAAACCACGCGAGGCCCUUUGGACAUUGUCUCCAUGUUUUGCAAUUGAAAUUUGAUUCAUGGGAAGCCUACAUCGCUCCAACUAAAACUAUUUCAAUUGCUCUAGUGGAGAACUCUGGCAGUACGGUACCUGCUGGUUAGAGCUCAGUUCACAAGCACGCUCAGCCGAAGGAGUCCCCACGGGCAUUCAGGUUAGCCCCAGCUCGAAGGCGCAGGCAGGGUCUGCCUCCCGGCACAGGCGGAAACAGCAGGGGGAGAGGGCGGGUGCCUGUCCACCACUUCCUCCCCCAGGGCCCCGGGGCUCUCGGGGCACACAAGGGACAGGAGGGUUUCGUUUAAUUUAGAUUUGCUUUUCCAUGCCCAUCUUCUGAAUGUUGGAAUCUCUGAAUCUUUCUAAAAUUUAAUAGCUGUCUCCGGAGAUUUCCCAGGCAGCAGUCCUCAGAAAUUUCAGAAGCUCUGAGAAGAGGUAGAUCUGGAAUUAAAGAAUUCAGGGCAGAAUCAUGGGAGCCAGAAUCACUCAAUGUGAAGCUCUUCCUAACAAAUCCAAGCUGCCCAACAGUGGACAGGCUGAUGCGGGACUUCGUGGUUCUCUGUUAACAGGGAAGGGCCGUGGUCGCUCUCCCGGCGUUUGCCUCGGGCCCUGUGGAAGGGAUUAUGUUCCAACCAGAAGGUCAGACUGGAGAACAUCAGCUCUCUAAGAUUUUUAUGAUCUCUUAGAAUCUCCAUUCCCUCUGAAAAUCUGUACUCUGCCACCUUCGCUGGCGAGGGGUGCACAGCCACUUCUAAGAGGCUCUUUCUACUACAGCACAACUUUUGACGGUCCUACGGGUCUGCAGGUCUGUGGGUCUGUGGGUCUGUGGGCAUCCCAGGGAGCCAGCCCUGCUGAGAAGUUAGCACCAGCCAGGUUCUUGUAGGCAAAAUCGCAACCUUCCCAAAUACAUUUUUCCCAUACCUACUUAGAGAUGCUUCGAAGCCUGUAGUGUUUCAAACUCACUUUUUGUUAUAAUCUGCACAAUUGCCAACUGGUUGCCAUGAUAAAUAUUAUGGACUGCGUUCAUUCAAUGCUAGUAUCAUUAAUUAUAUUUAGAAUACUUUCAUUUUCCCAGACCCCUAUCCACAGGCAAGUCAGGGCAUGUGUACAGUAAACCCACCCCCCUCCCAGUUGUCAGGAAAAGGUGUGGCCCUAUAAGGCUUACCUGCCUCCUAGCGGGAGAAGCAGUUACAGGAGACGGGGUGACAGCCACAUCAGAGCCCCCGAGCUGGCUUGCCCUGCUGCCUUGUUAGAGCAUCAUGUACACAAAUCCCAAACUUAGCGACCCUACGUGGCACAACUAAUCCAAGCCUCUCGGGAACUGGGCACAAGCAUCACAACAGGGUGAUCAGGUGCACUGCAGUUGUCAACACCGGGGUUCUUCUCAAUGCUUCAAACACGUCCUUAAAAUUUCAGCCUGCCUACUGACAGGCAGGCCGGUGUGCUGAAAACUAGUGGGGUGGGUGGGGGGAGUUUUUAAAAAUUGCCAAAAAGUUAGAUGAAAAUAUACUACUGUAAAAAGCAGAGCUGUAUAUACGAAACGUUUUCUAGCAGAGUACUAUUUAUUUGCAUAACCUAUUUAUUGUACUCAUAUGACACUGUUAGGGAAUCCUGGGAUGACACCCAUGACCUGGAGCAGGGACUCCUGCCUUCCCACAGGUCACUAAGUAGGACCGCGUGACCUCGUCGGCUCGAGGUGACAGUUGGAAGAGAGCGAACCCGCCGCGGUCAAGGUGUCUACCUAACUUCUCAGGGACUGCAUUCCGUAGUUUGCCGCCAUUACCAGAGCUGGUGAAUAUGAAACGUCGGUUGAAUUACCAGAAUCGCCAUUAACAGUAUUUUCUUUCUCAGACUUCAUGCUUUCUGCUUCUGUACAUAGGACUGUGCUGUGUAUUUAUCGAAGCUAGUGAGCAAUAAUUUAUAUGUACAAAAGGCCAAGCAAUAUAAGGUGAAAACUUAUGUAAGUCAUGGUUACCUUUCCUUGUAUUUUCAAGUGUUUUUUUUAACUGCUUUUUCCAAAUAUAAGAUUAUGUUAAAGAUAC